UUGAGUCAUACGCAUGCGUAAAAGAAGCGUCCGUUAUUAGUUUUUGACUUACGGAAGAUCAGAAAUAAAUCGAAUUGAAUCUUCAACAUUAAGAAAUUUUACUACUGUUUAAUCUACGAAUAAACAAAAUGAGAGAAAUAGUCCAUUUACAAGCGGGACAAUGCGGAAAUCAGAUUGGCGCUAAGUUUUGGGAGGUGAUUUCUGACGAGCACGGAAUCGAUCCCACCGGAACUUACCACGGAGAUUCGGAUCUGCAGUUGGAAAGGAUCAACGUGUACUACAAUGAAGCGACGGGCGGCAAAUACGUGCCUCGAGCUAUUCUCGUGGAUUUAGAACCGGGAACAAUGGAUUCCGUUCGGUCCGGUGCUUUCGGUCAAUUAUUCAGACCGGAUAAUUUCGUUUUUGGUCAAAGUGGUGCCGGUAACAAUUGGGCGAAAGGUCACUACACGGAAGGUGCCGAGUUGGUGGAUUCUGUUCUGGACGUGGUGAGAAAAGAAGCCGAAAGCUGCGAUUGCAUCCAAGGUUUUCAGUUGACGCAUUCUCUGGGAGGAGGAACGGGAUCCGGAAUGGGAACGCUUCUCAUUACCAAAAUUCGAGAAGAAUAUCCCGAUCGAAUCAUGAAUACCUUCAGCAUCGUUCCCUCACCAAAAGUAAGGUUUUCUGUCUUCUCCAUCCAAUGAUUUCGUUUAUAUUAA